AUGGAAAGGGUUGUGCAGUCUGGUUUGGAGGUACUGAAUGUUGGACUCCUGCUCUUUCAGGGGCCGGUGACUUUCGAGGAUGUUGCUGUGUAUUUCACCAGGAACGAGUGGGCUCUGCUGGACCCUACUCAGCGAGCCCUCUACAGAGACGUCAUGCAGAAGAACUAUGAGAAUGUGACCUCGCUGGGGUUUCCUGUUAUCCAGCCUGAUGUGAUCUCCCAGCUGGAACAAGGGGAAGAGCCAUGGGUCUCAGACAAUCGCAGCUCACACCUUAUUGCCCAUCAGAAAAUCCACACAGGGGACAGGCCCUAUAAAUGCUGUGAGUGUGGAAAAUGCUUCACUGAGAGUUCAGACCUUUCUGUACAUCAGAGAAUCCACACAGGGGAGAGGCCCUUUGAAUGCCGUGAGUGUGGGAAAACCUUCAAUCGCAGUUCACACCUUAUUAGGCAUCAAACAAUCCACACAGGGGACAGGCCCUACGAAUGCAGUGAAUGUGGAAAAUGCUUCACUAGCAGCUCAAACCUUUCUCAACAUCAGAGAAUCCACAUAGGGGAGAGGCCCUUUGAAUGCCGUGAGUGUGGGAAAACCUUCACUUACAAAUCAGGCCUUUCUAGACAUCAGAGAAUCCACACAGGGGACAGGCCCUAUGAAUGCAGUGAGUGUGGGAAAACCUUCAAUCGCAGAUCAGGCCUUUCUAGACAUCAGAGAAUCCACACAGGGGACAGGCCCUAUGAAUGCAGAGAGUGUGGGAAAACCUUCACUCAAAUAUCAGCCCUUUCUGUUCAUCAGAGAAUCCACACAGAUGAGAGGCCCUAUGAAUGCAGUGAGUGUAGGAAAAGCUUCACUCACAGAUCAGACCUUUCUAGACAUCAGAGGAUCCACACAGGGGAAAGAUCCUACGAAUGCCGUGAGUGUUGUAAAACCUUCAGUCGCAGCUCGCACCUUAUUAGUCAUCAAACUAUCCACACAGGGGACAGGCCCUAUGUAUGCAGUGAGUGUGGGAAAACGUUUACUCAAAGAUCAGCCCUUUCUGUUCAUCAGAGAAUCCACACAGGGGAGAGGCCCUAUGAAUGCAGAGAGUGUAGGAAAACCUUCACUCACAGAUCAGCCCUUUCUAGACAUCAGAGGAUCCACACAGGGGAAAGAUCCUACGAAUGCCGUGAGUGUUGUAAAACCUUCAGUCGCAGUUCACACCUUAUUAGUCAUCAAACAAUCCACACAGGGGAGAGGCCCUAUAAAUGCAGAGAGUGCGGGAAAACCUUCAAUCACCGCCCACACCUUAUUACCCAUCAGAGAAUCCACACAGGGGAGAGGCCCUAUAAAUGCUGUGUGUGUGGAAAAUGCUUCACUAAAAGUUCAGCCCUUUCCAGGCAUCAGAGAAUCCACACAGGG